AUGAACCGUCGUACUGCUGGGGCGCCGGAUCGGCACGCGCUGCUGACUGCGCACUCGUACCCCGCGUCUACGUCAUCUGCGCGGCUCGUAUCGCCUGCUGUGUCCGAGUAUAGCACGCCGCUUCGCACUGCGUCGCCGUACGAGAACCCCUAUGGCGACGCGCGUGCCACGGACGGCGCGCCGAAGGAGGCGGGCGGUGGCUUUGUAAGUCUCUUUCAAGGCACGGCCGCGCAGCAGCGGAGCGCUGCUGAUUUAGAAGAGCAGAACGACUCGCGCCUGGAUGCGCUGAGUGAGCGGAUCAAGAUGCUGAAAGACAUUUCUACGGGGAUUGGCAACGAAGUGCGCGACUCGACAGCGGAUAUGAACUCGCUGAAUGACGUCUUUUCGAAUGCGUCGGCCUUAUUGGGCUCGACCUUUACGCGUAUGAAUGCCAUGGCCCGGAGCCAGCGGGGAUGGUUCUGCAAUAUGAUGCUCUUCUUGAUCCUGGUGAUCUGGAUCUUUGUCAUUUUAUGGUGGUGGAGGCGAUAG